GAAGGCACUUUCCUCCAAGCGUUGCCCUUGACCCUGCUGGGCAUUCUGGGAGUUGUAGUCCCCUUCAUUCCACCCGAAGGAGACAUAUCAUCAUGGAACAUAAUGGGCUUCCUCAUUCAGAAGGGCUCACAUUCAGAAUUUAAAUGUUUUUUGGGUUGCUGUAUGGCCACGUUCCAGUAGCAUUCUCUCCUGACAUUUCGCCUGCAUCUGUGGCAGGCAUCCUCAGAGGUUGUGAGAUCUGCUCGAAACUAGGACAGUGGGGUUUAUAUAUAUAUCCCGGGAUGCUUUGUAUCUAUACAUGGUUUUACAUGGUUUUACUGUAUGUAUGGGGUCGAUGUUGUGGCACACAUGGCCUCCGCCGCCGCCGCCUCCGCCAACGUGACGCCACUGGGGUCCCUGGACGAGGACCAGGUCGGGUUCCCGAAGGAGAUCCUGGGCACGGAGCUAGAGGGCAAGUACCUGUGUUCAGAGUGUGGGAACAUCCUGCGGAGACCCUUCCAGGCCCAGUGCGGACACCGCUAUUGCGCUAGCUGCCUUCAGAGGCUCAUCAGCUCGGGGCCUCAGAAGUGUGGUGCCUGCAUCCAGGAGGGGAUCUAUGAAGAUGGUGUCUCCAUCCUGGAAACGGGUUCGGCCUUCCCGGACAAUGCGGCCCGUCGCGAGGUGGAGAGCCUCCCCGCCAUCUGCGCCAACGAGGGAUGCGCCUGGAAAGGGACCAUCAAGGAAUACGAAAGCGGCCACGGCGGGAGCUGCCCCUGGGCGCUGGCCACUUGCCCUUCCUGCCGCGGCCCCGUCCGGCGGAGGGACCAGGAGCGCCACGCCGCCCGGGAGUGUCCCCAGCGGAGCCUCAGCUGCAAGUUCUGCAAGGCCCUCUGCCACUUCCCCCAGAUCAAGGCCCACGACGAGGUCUGCCCCAAGUUCCCCCUCACCUGCGAGGGCUGUGGGAAGAGGAAGAUCCCCAGGGAAAAGUUCCCGGAGCACGUCAAGAGCUGCAGCAAAUGCAAAGCGCCCUGCAGAUUCCAGCCCAUCGGGUGCAACGUGGUGGUGGAGAACGAGAGCCUCCCGGAGCACGAGGGCCGGAGCCUGGCGGAGCACCUCUACCUGCUGCUGGGCUUUGUGCUGAGCCUGCGCCCGGAGCCCCCCCGAGCCGCCCCCUUUUCCGGUCCGGGCCCCCUCUCGGUGCCGGAGGAGGGCUCCCCGUUGCAGCUGCGGGGCGGGGGCCCCCUCCUCCUCUCGGGCCCCGAGCCCCCCGGCUUCCUGGAGCUGCUGGGCCGGUGUCAGGUCCUGGAGCAGAAGGCGGCCACCUUCGAGAACAUCGUCUGCGUCCUCAACCGGGAGGUGGAGCGGGGGGCCCUGGCCGCCGAGGCCCACCUCCACCAGCACCGCCUGGACCAGGAGAAGAUCGAGGCCCUCAGCACAAAGGUGCGGCAGCUGGAGCGGAGCCUGGCCUCGAAGGACCUGGCCCUGGCGGAGAUGGAGCACAGCCUGCAGGAGAUGGAGGCCGCCUCCUUCGACGGGAUCUUCAUCUGGAAGAUCUCGGACUUCGCCAAGAAGCGCCAGGAGGCCGUCGCUGGGCGCUCCCCGGCCAUCUUCUCCCCAGCCUUCUACACCGGGAAAUACGGCUACAAGAUGUGCCUCCGCAUCUACCUCAACGGGGACGGCACGGGGCGGGGCACCCACCUCUCGCUCUUCUUCGUGGUCAUGCGCGGCCCCUGCGACGCCCUCCUGCGCUGGCCCUUCAACCAGAAGGUGACCCUGAUGCUGCUGGACCAGAACCACCGUGAGCACGUGAUUGACGCCUUCCGGCCGGACGUCUCCUCUUCGUCCUUCCAGCGUCCGGUCAGCGACAUGAACAUCGCCAGCGGCUGCCCGCUCUUCUGCCCCCUGUCCGUCAUGGAGAGCCAGAACUCUUACUUGCGGGACGACACCAUCUUCGUCAAGGCCAUCGUGGACCUCGCCGGACUCUGAGGUGCCGUGAAACUCAAUCAUUCUUCGUGGUGCUGACCGCUAUGCCUUGGGGUGGGGAAGAACACCCUUCUCCGUCCCUCAUAUCUAUAUAAUUCGAACCCGGGGAAGCAGUCCGGAGUGGAUCCGGCCGCCGGGCAGAAGGAUACGCCGAGGGGCAGGAGACCCCCAAAGCACCGUAUAAGAGAGAGAUCUGUAGUUGAUAGAUUUCAAAUUGCAAAUCAAUGUCAACAAAAGGGCUCUAUUAUAGAUCUAGGCCGGGCAUGGGCAAACUUGGGCCUUCGCUCCGGGUGUUUUGGACUUUCCGAACAGCCUCGGGCCCUUUCCUUUCCCCCCUCAGCCGCUUAAGCGGCUGAGGGGGGAAAGGAAGGGGCCCGAGGCUGUUCGGAAAGUCCAAAACACCCGGAGCGAAGGCCCAAGUUUGCCCAUGCCCCCCAUUCGAAGGCCUGCUUUGUGCAAAGGCAGACGCCUUUCUCCCCUCUUUCCAAACUGACCGCUCUGUUUACAUCUCUCCCCUUUGGGGACGGCAAAUGUGGGUGGACCCACGUCCCCACCUAUUAUUAUUAUUAUUUGUGUGGGGUGGGUGGGUGGACUCGCUUCUAUGGGGUUAGCGGUGCGGCCGAGAGUGGAUCCGGGCGGCCCCUUUUCCCCUUUAUAUCCCGAUCCCAGAUGCAAUAAUUUCGUGCGGAGAUUCAAUAAAAGCAAAAGGUUUGGUUGUUUUUGUAAAA